AUGCGCGUCGCCAUCGUCGGCAGCGGCAUUUCCGGCCUCUCAGCCCUCUGGUUCCUCAAGAAACACUCGGACCACGAAGUCAACAUUUACGAGAGCGCCGAGCAUGUCGGCGGACAAGCGCGCGGUAUCAUCUACAGACGCGAGGGCAAGGAAGACGUGCUCGUGGAUACCGGCCUGAUGGCCUUUAGCCCUGCUGGAAGCCCCACCCUCGCCGCUUUCCUCAAGCACCUCGACCUGCCGACGCGACGGACGGACAUGUCGCUGGCCGUCUCGCGCCAACCCCGUCCCGCUGGAGUCCUCAACCUCUUCAACCCUCGUGCAUGGCGCCUCGCAUUCGACACCCUGCGUUUCCGGUAUGCCCAGGCGGACGACGAUCAGAAGCUCGGCGCGUGGCUCUCGGCGAACGGGUACAGCGCGGCGUUCUUUGACGAGUGGCUACUGCCACGUAUUGCGCGCCUCUGGUUGCUGACGGACGACCUGGCGGCCAAGUCGAUGCCUGCUGGCGAUGUCGUCCGCGGCGUGCAGGACCACGAGGCAAGUUGGGAGGCGAUCACGGGUGGCGGUGCCGCAUUAAUCGACAAGCUUGCGUCCGUCGUCCCGCCCGAGAACCUGCACACCCGCGCCGAGAUCGUGAGCAUCACAUCGCACGAGUACGGCGUGCGCCUCGUCGAGGCGGGCGGCACCAACCACAUCUACGACCAUGUGAUCCUGGCGAUUCCGGGCAACAGAGCCCUCAAACUCCUCAAGGCGGGCAGCUGGGCCGCCCCCGAGGAGGAAGAGGCGCUCUCUGGCGACUGGACAGGCAUUGACGCCGUCCCCGCAACCGGCGCCGUUCCGACCGCAGUAAGCGUAACCUCAACCCCCGCACCACCGGCCUAUGACGCCUCAAUGCCAGCCCCAACCCAAACCCUAGCUCUGACCUACGACAUGGGCCGUAUUGCAGCCCAGCCCGGAAUCACGCUCCACAUUGCUCCUGGCUCGGCAUUCCAAGUUCCCCUCCCCUCCACGCGUGAUUUGGCUCCGGCACAGAACACGCGCCGGAUCGCGUACGCCGGCGCGUGGGCGCGCGGCGGCCGCGCCGAAGACGCGCUGGUUAGCGCCCUCGAGCUGGUCAAGUCUGCGCCGUUUAAUGCGUCCCCGCCUCUGGAGGGGCGCCGCCGCGCAGGCAUGGCCAUGACUCUGACUCUGGCCCGCAUUGUGCUCGCGUACGCCGAGGGCGUGCGCUCCAUCACCGCGCCGCUGUGGACGGUGGUGUCGUGGCCCGUGGCCCUCGCGCUGGCGAUCAUUGAGACCGCGACACCGGUACCCCGCGCGCGGCGCCAGAUCGCGCUUCUCCGCAAGUGUUGGGAGUAG